AUGGCAGACGAUGAACGGCCCAAUGAAGGGGUUCAAACAGGCUUCCCUCAAUCGCCGUCUGCCUUCGAUGCCGAUGAACGCAUCUCUUUUUCCAGGCUAGACAACAAGUUCCUGCUCGAAACCGAAGAUGGCAACGAAUUCGAAUGGGACACGGCGCUGAGACGAUGGAUUCCAGUGCUGGACCAGUCUCUUUUGGACCAACAAGGCGAAAUCUAUAGGGUUGCAGGUGUAGACGAGAACGCGAGUACGAAUCAGAAGAAGAAGAGGAAGCAAGCAAAUGGAGAUGAGGCCGGGCAUAAACAAAAGAAGCCACGAGUCAAUUCGGCAGUGUAUGUUACCUCCAUUCCUCUCGAUGCCGACCAGGAAGAAAUCAACCAUGUCUUCUCGAAAUGUGGUGUUAUUGCAGAAGAGAUAGACGCAGGCAAGCCGCGCAUCAAGAUGUACGAAGACGAUCAAGGACAAUUCAAGGGUGACGCGCUUGUGGUCUAUUUCAGGCCUGAGUCCGUCGAACUAGCAAUCCAGAUGCUGGACGAUUCGGAUUUUCGUCUGGGCACUGAGGGCCCCUCAGGUAAAAUGAGGGUGCAAGCAGCAGAUUUCUCUUACAAGAGCCAACAGGAAGCCCCAGCCAAGAGCAACAAGAAGGAUCAGAAGAAGGUCAUAAAGAAGACACAAAAGAUGAUGAGCAAAUUGACCGACUGGGACGAUGAUGAUCCACAGACGCUUCAGGAUACGAGUUCGAAAUGGGACAAGGUUGUGAUCCUGAAGCACAUGUUUACCCUUGAAGAGUUGCAAGAGGAUCCUGCGGCCAUGCUGGAAAUCAAAGAGGACAUUCGUGAAGAAUGUUCCAAGCUUGGGGAGGUGACCAAUGUAGUGCUAUUCGACAAAGAAGAAGCCGGGGUCGCUAGUGUACGCUUCUCUACUGCAGAGGCGGCCAAUGCAUGCGUGAGACUCAUGCAUGGACGAUGGUUCGACGAACGACAACUAGAAGCAACCGUUGCGACUGGAACUGAAAAGUACAAGAAGUCCAGUGACAAGACUGUAGGGCUGUAUGAUGAUGAAGAAGGAGAAGGAGAAGGAGAAGGAGGUAGAUUGGAUAGAUUUGGGUCCUGGCUGGAAGAAGAUCAAUGA